AUGAAGCAUAAACAAGGUGUCAUCAGUGAUAACAACGAUAGUUCAGAACAAUAUACAUCCAAACCGUGUGAAUUUGAAACAAAGCUAAAUGUUUUUCGACGAACAAAAUCUCUUUCAUGUACUAAUUUUUCAAAAUUAUCUAAAAAAACCUGUUUAGUGGAUAAACAUAAAAAACAGUUGUAUAUCGAUUCAUUGAUUCAGUGCACAUCAGUCAAAUGUGGAUGUUCUGAUAAAGUCCAUCCGACUGAAAUGCAUGAACAUCUUUUAUUGACAGUACAACAACAGCCUCUAAUAUCAUGUCUUGAUCAUUAUAAUUUACCCAUUCAUCAUCCAAUGCACAAAGCAGAGAAUGCUAAUAAUAUUGUACAAAUGCCUGCUGAUUUAUCUUUAACUUUACCAUCCUGUCCGUCUACUAUGGAAUUUGAAUCACCAUUACCAUAUGAAUCAGCCAUCAGCGAUUUGCAUGUACAGAAUAAAGAGAUAUAUGAAACGUUGACCAUUCUAACAGGCGGAAUACAAACACUUAGAGAAGAUUCAACAAAGUUGACAGAUAAAUUUUCCGAAUUAGAAUCUAAUAUAAAUAAAUAUUGUCAGGAACAAAUGAAAUUGAAACAAUCAGUAGAAGAACAAUAUACAUUGUUAAGUGGCAUGCAAAUGAAUCAACAAAUAUUAGAACAAGAGUUAACUACUGCAAAACAAAAUGUUGAGAAUGUAAAAUAUACCACGUAUGAUGGAACAUCUGUUUGGAAAAUUAAAAAUGUAACACAACUGAUGUAUCGAGCACAGUGUGAAAGUCAGCCAAGUAUUUAUUCUUCACCAUUUUAUUCGUCAUCAUAUGGUUAUAAAAUGUGUAUGCGAUUAUAUAUGAAUGGUGAUGGAAAUGCAAAACGAACGCAUAUUUCACUAUUUUUUGUUUUAAUGCGUGGUGAAUACGAUGCAAUACUCAAAUGGCCAUUUCAUUUUAAAGUUACAUUUUGUUUGAUGGAUCAAUCUGGAAAACAACAACAUAUUAUUGAUUCAUUUCGUCCAGAUAUUAAAUCAAAUUCAUUUCAAAUACCUAAAACAUCAAUGAAUAUUGCUUCAGGCAUACCAAAAUUUUUUCCGUUAUCAGCGUUACAACAAGACGGUAAUAAUUACGUGAAAGACGAUACCAUGUUUAUUAGAUGUAUUGUGGACUUCAAUGAGAUGCCAAAAAUGAUUCUUCCGUAUUCAUUAAGUUUAAAUCUUGGUCUACCUGAUCAUAUUCAGAAAUUGAUGAUUAAAGCAGAAAUUCAAAGGCGACAACAGUCAUCAAUAUUACAACCACAAAUCACAAAGCCCUGUGAUUAG